AUAAACGCCCUUAACGGUGCCGUUUUGAUCAUCUUCUUUCUCUUGUUGAUCUCUAGCCGUCUCCGUCUCUCUCUCCAAUUUCUUCAUCAACUAAUUAUCGACAUAUAAUUGAUGCCAAUGGCAAAUAUGAUUUUUUACGCAAACUUUUGUGGCUAAAUUGAAAAAACAACAAAUUUUAUGUUAGAAAUCAGAAUUAAAGGAGAAGAUACAGCAAAGUUUUGAAACAAUGGGGAAAUUAGCAGUUGCGGUGAUAACGAGCUUAUGGGUAAUUCCGAUUUCAAUCCUAGUCAAUCGGAUUGUGCCUGAUCCUUACAUGGAUGAGAUAUUUCACAUACCUCAAGCUCAACAAUAUUGCAAGGGAAAAUUCUGGAGUUGGGAUCCUAUGAUUACUACUCCACCUGGAUUGUACUUUCUUUCACUUGCCCAUGUUGCUUGUUUGUUUCCAGGCAUGUUUGUUGUGCGACUGGUCUCCUUGUUUUCUGAAGCAUGCUCCACCACGAUUCUUCGCUCUACAAAUUGUGUUAUGGCCGUAUUGUGCAGCGUUAUUGUGUAUGAGAUUAUUGUCCACUUAAGGCCGAUUCUUGAUGAAAGAAAAGCAACACUUCUUGCUGCUAUCCUAGCUCUGUACCCACUCCAUUGGUUUUACACUUUUCUUUACUACACUGAUGUUGCAUCGCUUACUGCAGUGCUUGCAAUGUAUCUUGCGUGCUUGAAGAAGAAAUACCACUUUAGUGCAUUGUUUGGGGCUUUAGCAGUUUUUAUUCGUCAAACAAAUAUUAUCUGGAUGGUUUUUGUCGCAUGCACAGGCGUCAUAGAUUUAACUCUAACCAGCCAAUGUAAAAAUGUGAAAAUGGAUGAGCUAAAUGAAAUUGUUAAAGAAGCUAGUAAUUUAUUUCGCAGCAAGUCUGUCACGGAAGACUCAAACAUGAGAAGACGAAAGCCUACUAAAGCUGCGUAUGCAAGAAAGUAUCUGACAUUCUCUAUGAAUAGCUCCAGAACAACUGAUCCCACAGGUUUUCUUGAUGAGAUAAGGGAAAUAUGUUUGACUUCAUGGCGGAUGAAGUGGAAAAUUAUUUUAUCCUUUAGCCCCUUCCUUAUCAUAUUGGCGGCUUUCUUUGCUUUCGUUAGAUGGAAUGGGAGCGUUGUUCUAGGUGCGAAAGAAGCUCACACAGUAUCACUGCAUUUUGCACAAAUAAUGUAUUUUGGCCUUAUUUCUGCUCUGGCAGCAGCUCCUCUGCAUUUCUCAUUAAACCAUGGCGCAAAAAUGUUGCAAUCAAUCUGGAAGAACAGGGCUCUCAGUUUGAGUCAGUUGCUUGUGGCAUUUAUUGUUGGCUUUCUUUCUGUUCAUUUGUUCAGCAUAGCUCACCCCUAUCUUCUUGCUGACAAUCGGCACUAUCCCUUCUAUCUCUGGAGGAAAGUGAUCGGAGCUCAUUGGUUGAUGAAGUACCUUUUGAUUCCCUUUUAUGUUUAUUCUUGGUUUUCGAUCUUUAGCAUAUUGGUGAAAGGUCGACAAAGAACGUGGGUGUUGGCGUAUUUCUUGGCUACAGCUGCAGUGUUAGUUCCUGCUCCACUUAUUGAGUUUAGAUAUUAUACCAUACCAUUCUUUUUCUUGAUGCUUCAUUCCCGUAUCGAUGAUAAUCGUAGUUUAAUCCUUAUCGGACUGAUGUAUGCGGUAAUCAAUACCUUCACUAUGACGAUGUUCUUGUUUCGGCCAUUCUAUUGGAGCCAUGAACCUGGGGUCCAGAGGUUUAUUUGGUAGAUGGCUCCCCAGAGAGUUACUUUAUAUAGGAUUUUGGACAACACUCAAGUCGCUAACCGUUAACAACCUUUUUCCGGUAGCUCUAGCUUCUGCUUUUGCAGGACUCUCAAACAAAUGCAAAAGCACUUGCUUGUAAUUUUGCCGUUAUGUGAAUUUUUUUCUCGAUCAGGAACUGUUAAACAUGUUCUUGCACGAGACGAGUAAAAGUAUUUUUCAAUCA